CGACCGCUUACGCCGUGUACUUUUGAAAUUUGGGCACAAUGUAUGGUUCUAAUUUAAUGGAUGCAGUUGAGAAUAAUCACGCAGUUCAUGACAGUGUUAGUUCUGAACAAACUCUGGAUAUAGAUACAAGCUUGAACAUGACAGAUCAUAAAGAUCGGAAUGAUGGUUGUGAUGAACAUCCCAAAAAAUUAAAUGAACAAAUGGAUUUCGCUGGACUUAAAACAGAGCACAAAAUUUCCUGCCUAAACACAACAUCCCAAGAAGCAAUUUCUCCUGCAUGGGUGUUUGGGUUCAAUCAUUCUGUUCCACUCAUAAACUUGAGUGAUGAUCAAUCGAGCGUCGUCUUUUAUGUGUCUGCUCAUUUAUUGAUAUUGUUUGACAUAAAAAACAAUCGACAGAAAAUUUUAAGGGGACACUGCAACGAAGUAAUGAGCAUAACGUGUAGUGGUAAUAAACGUUGGUUGGCUUCAGGUGAUCGUGGUAUUGAUAAUACCGUCAUAGUAUGGGAUGUAAAAACUGGGGAGGCAGUUCGGACAAUUAGAAAACCUCAUGAACAUGGUGUAUUAUCGAUUGCUCUUACCAAAGACGCCCGUUAUCUGGCUACACUAAGUGCUGAUCCCUUUGACCAGAGUUUCGCUAUUUGGAACUGGACUACUGGAAGUAAUUCGCCCCACUGUCACGCAAAGAUAAGCGGUGAAAUGUCUUUUCAGACAAAAAUAACGUUUAACUCAGAUAACUAUUUCCAUCUCUCCACGACUGGAGAUCAUCAAGUUAUUUUUUACUCCUGGAAUAAUGAAGAAAAAAACAUGGUGGCCUAUGCCCCUUCCCUUAAAGAUGAGGAUUUUAAACAGAAGAUCGGUCAGUUUUCCUGCACUCUGUACAUUCCUAAUAAAUAUAUUGCCAUAACUGGUACUUCAACUGGCCUUUUGGUUAUAUGGGAAUCAGACAAACAACCAUCUAAAGGAGAAAAUUCAGAAACACCAUAUAAACGAGCAUCAAAACUGAUACCAUUACAUGAGAAAGGAAUAACUUUUGUUACAAUUACCGACUGUCAUCCUUGUGGGAAAUGUAUUGUUACCGGGGAUUCUGGUGGAAGGGUCAAAUUUUUGGAUGAUAAUUUCAUGCUUUUAUUCUGGUAUGAUGAUCUUAAAUGUGGACCGGUUAACUGUGUUAGUUUUGCUACAACUAGUCUUUUUACAGAAAAAAACCAACCAAGUUUUAUUGAAUCAGUGAAAGGAAAAGAUUAUCCUACUUGUGCAACAAUUACGGCUGAACCAUUUAUCGUGGAAGAUUUCAUAGUUAGUACAUCAAAUGCAGCCAUGAUUUCUGUGAAAGUUGAGGGUGGAUUUCAAAAGAUAAUUCUAAGAGAUCAUGAUUCAGAUGUCAAUGGACUGACUACACAUCCAGUAAUGAAUCAUGUAGCUGCAUGCAGUCAUUCUGGACUUCUAAAAGUAUACGAUUAUGAGAGCAAGUUGGUUAUCGCAAUGAAAAGUUUUGGCGUAAACAAUCCAAUUCAAAGCUGUGUAUACGAUAAAACUGGGCAGUUUAUUGGUCAGUUAUUUGUAUAUAAACUACCAUAA